AUGAGGGGAUACACUACGUUGGCCAACACGGGGCGAGCGUUUCGAAAGACACGGAAACUAAGAGAUGGGGGCGGAUUGGAGGAGUUUUUAUUUCGGGGGCAAGUGAUGCAGGUUUACCGGGACAUGAUGAGAGAGGUUUAUCUUAUUAAGGACAGCCAAGUGCGGAACGAGGUGAGGCGGUAUGUCAAGGACGAGUACCGGAGCACGAGCCAUGUGAGUGAUUUGGAGACCAGACGGAGUUUGCUCAUUGGCGGGAUACGGAACUGGCGCAGUGUUGCCAAUAAUCUGGGUUUGUCCAGGACGGGCGGAGGUGUUGCUAUUCGAGAUGGAAUGGACAGAGACAAGAAUGUGUAG